GUCGUGAGGAGUCGGACACGACUGAGCGACUGAACUGAACUGAACUGAACUGAACGUGUUCCCAAGUGGCUUUCUGACACCACCCCCUCUAAGUCCUUCAAUCCCCUUCCUAGUCCUCACGCUCUUGCCUAAGGGCAGGAAAUAGACAGCAACACUCUGGAUGGCGUGGUCACUGUCCUCACCUGAAUUUCCUGCUGAGGAAACAGCAGCUGAGAGAACUCAGGGCAGUUCCUGUGGGACACACCCAUCGGAGUGGGUAUAAAGGGUGAGGCUGACACCGGUCACCACCAUCCCACCUGCCCUCAAGAUGAAGUCCAUCGGCCUUAUCGUCUUCCUGGUGAUAUUUGCCUUUGGAUUCCUGAUGCCCUGGGCUGUGGAAGGUACUCCCAAAGGAAAAGGUAAACCUGGAGUCUGUCCUUUCGUACCCCCUGUAAUGUGCUUAGUAUAUGAACCCCCUGAAUGCCAGAGUGACUGGCAGUGUCCGAAGAGGAAGAAAUGCUGCCAGGGUCUUUGUGGCAUCAAAUGCAUGGAUCCUGUAGACACGUCAAAGCCAGUUAAAGUCACUCCUGGGAAGUGUCCAGUGGUCAGCGGCCACUGUGAGAUGCACAAGCCUGUAGACGACUGCCAGAACGACAGCCACUGCCUGAAUGGUUUCAAGUGCUGCAGGGGUCCGUGUGGGAAUUCAUGUGUCCUGCCGGUGAAAGAUUCAACCUUUCCAGGUCAAAAACAUUAGGACUUCCUGGUCUGUGUGCUCUGGGGAGUCCCCCUACUCCCCAUCCUGCAAGCCUGGAAAACAAUGGAAGCACUUCGGUCAAGAUGUGGUUUUGAGACCAAUACUCCUCCGGGGACAAGAUCUGGCCUGUUUUAUCUCUGUAUCCCCAGCACCCAAUGUGUAGCUUGGCACACGACAGGAAAUGCCUAUUGAUCAGUGAAUAAAUAAAUGUACUAGGUUUUCUCCGCAUUUCCAUCUUCCUUGACUCUUUUGAGUGCGGACUAGGGUAUGAGGAGUGAGAUGAAGAAUAAAAUGUCUGAAUGUGUGGGGUUUCUCCAAAAACCCAUAAAAUAGCAAUCGGAAGAAGAGAGUGUUUUGGUUCCCAGCAGAUACAGGUUUAAAUCUUACAUUCAUAGAGGACAGGUUCUGUAGAUUUGG